ACGCGGAGGCGGUGUUCAGGGAAGGCGGGCGGGCCCGUUGAUCGAUGCCGGCCUUCGCCAUUGUGUCGAGAGUCGCGCGAGACGGUGACAUCCUCCCACUUCGCACCACUUUCUCAGGCGCACGCCACCCCAGCAACUCCACAGCAGCCCGGACCCAGCUCCAUUUGCUCUCUCUCUCUCUCUCUCUCUGAAGAGGUCUACGGGGAAGGCCAAUAUUCAAGAUGUACCCAACAAUCUAAAGGGGACGUCGGAGCGAAAUCAUAGCCAGGAAAGGAAAGAUUGAGAGAGAGGAAGAAAAAGAGGGAAGAGGGGUCAUUUAAUUUCUUCUCUCCUGGUGAUGGAUGGGUAGGACCUAAGUAUAAAGAGAGAAGGAUUGCUUGGGGUAAGCAAAGUGUCCUGGGACUUACCCAAAAAAAAAAAAGCAGUGUUGAAUCACUCGGAUCGGCCGUAUUCCGUGGAGUCAGAAAGCGGAGGAAGGAAGGCAGCCGGUGGGUUUGUUUAUGAAAGAGAGAAGGCUGCUAAUUGCCAACGAAAGCCCAGCUACUUCGCUGCUCAAAGGAGUGGUGGGACUUUCCAUCCAUGUGAAACGGAAGGCAACGUACUUGGUGCUGCUUCUAUUUUAUUCUAUUCUAUUCUAACCACGUGAACCGGAGACCUUCUGAACCUUUGCUCCUCUUUCUCUCUUUUUUCUUUCUUUUGCAUGCCCUUCAUCAUAUCGAAGAACUCCUUCCUAUAGUUUGCAUUUGGUUGGAAAAUAUUUCAUGAAAAACAGGAUUCGUGCAAGAAAGAGGAAGCCGAGUAGCCAGGCCUUGGAGUAAGGCUAGGCUUUGGAUAUUCUACCUGGGAUAUCUUCACGGGAACUGAACUGGAAGGUAGUAGCAAAGGAAGGUGAAGGUAGAAGAUUCCAGAAGAAGGUCGAGCCAGUAUAUUUAAAAUCAGCGGCAGCAAAAAGAAAGAAAGAAAGAAUCCAUCCAGCAGUUUUUUGAAUAGUGAUGAUAUUUUAGAAGAAAAGAAAGAAAUUAUAGAGAGAGCAAGAGAAUAUCAAGCAUCUAUCGUCUUCUCUUCCCUAUCUUCUCUUGUGUGAAAAUUUCUCGAGUCGACAAGCUGGCAAACCGGUGGUGGGCCGGGAGCGUGGGCAUGGGAGGGGUCGACCCGGUGGUCACCUCCUCGGCCGCCGCCCCCUCAUCCCUCCAUCUCCGCAACGCCACCGGCUCCCACCUCAGCCCUCACCGCCGGGAGCAGCAGCAGCUACAAGACCUCCCCGCCACCCCCAACAGCAGCGCCAGCAAUAACAACGAUAACGACAGCAGCGGCGGUGCCAAUGCUGACGACAACUCCCCCGCCACCGGCCUCGAGAUCGUUGAGGCCGGCUCCGUUAGUGGUGGCGGCUCCGGCCGCCGGCCCCGCGGCCGGCCCCCGGCCAAGAACAAGCCCAAACCCCCUGUUAUCAUCACCAGGGAGAGCCCCAACGCCCUCCGCUCCCACGUCCUCGAGAUCGCCAGCGGGACCGACAUAAUGGACGCCAUCGCCAACUUCGCCCGCCGUCGUCAGCGCGGGGUGUCCAUACUCAGCGGCAGCGGCAUCGUGACCAACGUGACCCUCCGCCAACCCGCCGCCCCCCCGGGGGCCGUCGUCACCCUCCACGGCCGCUUCGAGAUCCUUUCCCUCUCGGGGGCGUUCCUUCCAGCGCCCUCCCCACAAGGGGCCUCCGGUCUGGCCGUAUACCUCGCCGGCAGGCAGGGGCAGGUGGUCGGAGGGAGUGUGGUGGGGGAGCUUGUCGCAUCGGGGCCGGUAAUGGUGAUCGCGGCGACAUUCGCGAACGCCAUCUACGAGCGGCUGCCCUUGGGGGAAGAGGAGCCCGAGGAGGCGGCGGCCCUGCCGGGGUCGGAGGGGAUGCCAUUGCAGCAGAACCCGGGGGCUAACGGUGGUUCGUCGUCCCAUCAGUCGCAUGGGGGGAUGGAAGCGGACCCGAGCUCGUUGCCGCCGUUCUAUAAUUUGCCGCCGAAUCUACUGCCUAACGGUCAGCUGCCGCAUGACGUGUUCGGUGCUUGGGCUUCCUCGGCUCCUCGUCCUCCGCCAUCCUACUAAGUUCUUCUUCCCCAUACUAUUUUCCUCAUGAAAAGAAAAGAAAAAAAACAUUUAUGCUCCCUUUCUUUCAAGCUUUAAUUAGAAAUGUUUUCCUUGUUGAGGUUCAUGUUUUUAUGUGUCAUUCCAUUUUUUUUUUUUACUUGGCUAUGUGAUGUUAGUUGUAGAAUUAAAGGACAGUUAUAUUUUGGUAAAAUUGGAGGACAGUACUUUAAAAGAUUUU